AUGGGGGUCUCCUUCAAGGUCUCCAAGACCGGCACUAGGUUUCGUCCCAAGUCAAUUCCCCAACCGCAAGAAGGCGCAUCCGACAAUUCCAAGUCCCAGAGUGGUUUUGUUGAGGCUGGUGAACUCAUUGCUAAUAUUCCUCAGUCAUCUGCUCCAGCGGAAACUCUUUCAUUAGCAGGUCAGCCAUCAAAGUAUAUAGAUCACUUGUGUAUAAUUCCAGAGUGUUCUGAUGUUUACUUAGUUACUUGUGAUGCAGAGGGGGAAGCUUCUUUCACAUUGAACCUGUUUGCAGAUGGUUAUUCUAUUGGAAAACCCUCUGAGAAUGAGGCAGCUAAUCAGUCAAAAUAUCAAGAUUUUCCUAAGUUGCUACAUCCAUAUGAUAGGUCAUCUGAAAGUCUUUUCUUGAUUCUUGGCUUGAUUCAAUCAAUUUUCAAAGGCUUCAUAAUUGAGUUUCAUAAUUUGAGUUUAGUGCUAAGCAAAGAUGGGCUGAGAGAAGACAUGUUGGGUUGGGUUGAGAAGACAAAGAGAGAACUGGGUUGCUGUGGAAAUGAGAGGGGAUUAGGGUUUUUCCUUUCGGAUCUAACCAAGGCUAAUGCCAUUUUUACUCCAAAAAAGCCCCAAAACAAUACUGGAGCAGGGCCCAAUAUGGGUUGUCACUUGCCUGGGGAUAUUCUUGAUGAUAUACCUGCCAAGUAUGUUGAUGGCGCACUGAUAUGUGAGGUGCAUGAUUAUCGGAGAUGCUCUUCUGAAAAAGGGAGUAGUGUGUCUGCAGAAAGUUCUCCUACUGUUAGCAAAGUUUGCCUCAAGAUGUCGUUAGAAAAUAUUGUAAAGGAUAUUCCAUCGAUUACUGACAAGUCUUGGACAUAUGGUGAUCUGAUGGAAGUUGAAUCAAAGAUACUGAAAGCAUUACAACCAAAACUUCAUCUAGACCCUACUCCAAAGUUAGAUCGGCUGUGUGAAAGUCUGCUUCCAGCAAAGCUCAAUUUGCCAAGAAAGCGAUUAAGGAAUAUGCCAGAGUUUGCUGUUACUUCCACCAAUAAAAUUCAUGGGAAGAAAGUGUGCAUAGAUAGAGUGCAAGAAGGUUCAAUUAGCAGCAGGUUAGGUGAGUUAGGAAACACUGCAUCCAAUGCUAUUGUGCAACAGACCCAUGAAAAUUCAUCCAUGCAAAAUCUUAGUCCGAAUGUGGUCAUGGGCUUGAGACCUAAGAAUUUUAUACCCGAUUCUUCCAUCCCUAACUUCCCAAUGAUGGGACAAUCAAGAUAUGCAAUGGCAGUUGGAACUCCAAGAAGUUUGCAGGAGCAAGGACCAGCUCCUUCCAUUAAUUCAUCAGUGGCUUCUCCUUCUACACAAGAUGUCAUGAUUUCAUAUGCUGAUCAUGCAAACUCAAGUGCUUCUCUUCAUGGAAAAAGGGAUAAUCAAGAUGGACAGGCAUCACCUUUAUCCAAUAUUGCAAAAAGAAUGAGGCCCACGUCCUCCGUUGUUGAAGCAAUGCAGCAUCAGCAACUAGGUUCACACAUUGAAUCUCUUCAAGGAUCAGAUAUGAAUUGGCAGACUACAUUGCAACAACAAGCUUUGGUCAGGGGUAUUCAGAAGUUUCCUCAGCAGGUUUUCGAAGGGGGGGCAAAUCAAGAGACAGGGGCAGUUUCCUUUACUACUGGUCAGCAGGGCAUGAGGUUGGUUGCAAAGGAAGAACAGUUUGAAAUAGAAAAGGUAGAUGGUGCAGAGAUUAACCGUAGUAAAAGUGAGAUGGAAACGGAAACAAACAUAUUGGAUCCACAGCAGUUACGGCUUCAACAAAGAUUGCCACAGCAUGCAUUCAUGAGACCCAAUUUUCCUCAGGCAACCUGGAAUAUGGGUCAGCCUAUAGAGAAAGAAACAAAAAAGGAGGACCAGUUUCAGAAAAGGAAAUCAGUACAGAGUCCUCGCUUAUCCACUGGGGCAUUACCUCACUCACCAUUAUCAUCAAAAUCAGGUGAAUUUUCCAAUGGUGCAGUGGGACCAAGUUUUGGACCAUCCCCAAUGGCCGCUGUGCCUGGGACAUCACAAAAAGACAAGAUGGCAAUGGUCUCAGUUCCUGCUACUGUGGGAACUCCAUCAAAUGAUUCUACACAAAGGCAACAGGCACAACUAGGUGCAAAACGGAGAUCUAAUUCUCUUCCUAAGACUCCAGCAAUGAAUGGAGUUGGUUCACCUGCUAGUGUUGGCACAACCAGUGUCCCACUGAAUGCAAAUAGUCCCUCAGUUGCGACCUCGGGUUUGAUUGAUCAAGGUCUUCAAAAUAUGCUUGAACGGUUCUUGAAAAUUGAAAUGGUGACAAUGAGGCAUCAACUUAACUUUAAGAAGAACAGGGUUGAGGAUUAUCAGAUGAAGAAGCAAAAUUCAUAUGUAACACAUUAUGUAGCAAAAGCUAUUGCCAGUUCAACUAGUAAUGAGGGAGUGAUGGACGAUUCAAUUUCUUUGUCAAAGUCACUUAUUGGUGGGAGAAAUGUUGUCUCUCUUGUUCCAAGGUUUCGAACUAGGAUGAUAAUGUUUGAGAAAUCUGAUGGUACUGUAGCUCUGUAUUAUGGGGACAUUGAAGAGGCUGAUUACCUAGCUGCAGAGGAUCAUCUUCUCACGUUACCCAAUACUCAUUCUGCGGAUUUGUUUGCUCAACAGUUCUGUUCACAGAUGAUACACGAGGGAUAUGUGAAGGAAGAUGACAGGAUCCAACUGAAACCAAACCGUGUGAACCUUCCAUUGGGCAAUCAGUCUACUGCCCCUAAUAAUGCUGUAGUUGAAAUGCAACAAUAUGGAGAAUCCAUUCCUGGCCAGCCAUCUAAUGAAGUUGCAAAACCAGCUACUGGAAAUAAUGCAUCUAUAAACCUAUCUCAGAAUCUUGUAACAAACCCAAGGAUGUUGCCACCUGGAAAUCCCCAAGCCUUACAGAUGUCUCAAGGACUUCUCUCUGGUGUUUCAAUGUCUUCAAGACCACAGCAACUGGACUCGCAACAAUCUGUACAGCAGCUGCAGCAAAAUCAACACACACUCAUUCAACAGCAGAAUCCCCAGUUCCAGAGAUCUCCUAUGAUGCUUGGGACAAAUCAGCUUUCACACUUAAAUCCAGUUGGACAGAACUCCAACAUGCCGUUAGGUAAUCACAUGCUCAACAAACCUUCAGCUCUCCAGAUUCAAAUGUUCCAACAACAGCAACAACAACAGCAACAACAGCAACCACAAAUGCAAAGGAAAAUGAUGAUGGGACUUGGAACAGCUGUGGGAAUGGGCAACUUGAGAAAUAACCUAGUUGGGCUUGCACCCAUGGGCAAUCCUAUGGGAAUGGGAGGUGCAAGAGGAAUAGGAGGAAGUGGAAUCUCAGCACCCAUGACAUCUAUUGCUGGCAUGGGAAAUAUGGGUCAGAACGCAAUGAAUCUUAGCCAGACUUCAAAUAUUACUAAUUCCAUAAGCCAACAAUUCAGGUCUGGAUCGCUAAAUUCAGCAUCUGCUGAUAUUUUAUCAAAGCUUAGAUUGGUACAGACUCGUGGAGGCAUGUUAGGUUCCACUCAGUCUAACAUAGCUGGCAUCUCAGGGGCCAGACAAAUGCACCCUGGCACUGCUAGUCUUUCAAUGUUGGGCAGAGCUAAUACAAUGCAGCGACCAGUUGGACCUAUGGGUCCACCAAAGAUGAUGGCAGGGAUGAAUCUUUAUAUGAAUCAGCAGCAACAACAACCCCAACAACAACAGCAACACCAACAGCAGUUGCAAUUACAACAGCAGUUGCAGCAGCAAUUGCAGCAGCAGCAGCAACAAGAAACAAGUUCACAAUUGCAGGCAGUUGUUUCUCCCCCACAGGUGGGAUCACCAUCAAUGGGAGUUCCACCAUUGAACCAACAACAACAGCAGCAAUCAAGCCCUCAGCAAAUCAGUCAACGAACUCCCAUGAGUCCCCAAAUGAGCUCAGGUGCAAUUCAUGCCAUAAGUGCUGGUAAUCCUGAAGUUUGUCCAGCCAGUCCACAGUUGAGCUCUCAGACCCUAGGCUCUUAA